GAUAGAAGCUAUUGGACAAUAUGGCCCACGAUUGAAGAAACCUUCUCCUUAUCAGCUUGGCACUCCUUUGUUGGAGAAUAGAGUCAGAUCACUAGAUGAAUAUGCAAAUGCGCACAAGGAGGCAUGGUCGUUGACUGGAUGCUCUCUUUUGACAGAUGCGUGGACAGAUUGACGGGAAAGAAGCCUAAUGAACUUGGUAGCUCAUUCUGCUAGAGGUGUGUGGUUUCUCCGAGCUGUAGAUGCUUCCGCAGAUGUUCAUGAUGCUAAUUACAUCUACUCUUUGGUACACUCAUGCAUAGAUGAAAUUGGUCCGGAGAAGGUUUUACAAGUAGUUACCGAUAAUGCUUCAAAUAACAUGGCUGCAGCAAAGUUACUAAAACAGAAAUAUCCUCAGAUAUAUUGGACUCCUUGUGCAGCACAUACCAUUGAUCUAAUGCUUGAGGACAUUGGUAAGAAGCCUGCUAUCCAGAAUACAAUUAAGAAAGCAAAGUCUAUUACAUGUUACAUUUAUGCCCACACUAGAGUGUUGUCUAUGAUGCGUUCUUUUACUGGUGAUCGUGAUUUAGUUCGAGCUGGAACUACUCGUUUUGCCACUUGCUACCUUAAUUUGAAAAGUCUAUAUGACAAAAGAAAAGAACUGAAAGAAAUGUUCGGAUCAACAAAGUGGAGCGACUAUAGGUUUGCUAAGCAAAAAGCAGGAAAAGUUAUUGCUAAGUUGGUCAUGGGCAACGAUUUUUGGUCAUCAAUUUUGCGACUUAUAAACUAUUUUGAGCCACUAGCAUUUGUACUUAGAAGGGUGGAUGGAGAUGUUCCUGCUAUGGGUUACCUUUAUGGUGAUCUUGAAAAUGCAAAAAAGGAAAUUGCUGUCCGUUUUGAUGGAAAUGCAAAGAAAUAUGGUUUUAUUUGGGAUAUUAUUGAUGAAAGGUGGAACGACAAACUCAAGACUCCAUUGCAUAAAGCCGGAUACUACUUGAAUCCAUUAUUUUAUUAUGAGAACAAGGCAGAGUUGGAGGAAGAGGUUUUCGUCGCAACAGUUGUACAGUGCGCAGGUCGUGUGUACCAUGAUAAUGACAAAUUACAGGAUAUGAUUGUUGCCCAGCUUAAUAUGUACACUAAUGGCACUGAUUCUUUUGGCUCUGCAAUGGCUAUUCGACAAAGAAAAAGCACAACUAUCAUCCCAGCAAAUUGGUGGGCAGCACAUGGCACUGAUGCAAAGGAAUUAAGAAAGAUGGCUAUCAAGAUUCUAAAUUUGACGUGUAGCUCAUCUGCAUGUGAAAGGAACUGGAGUGCAUUUGAGAGGGUCCAUACCAAGAAAAGGACGAGAUUAACACAAAAGAGAUUGAAUUCUCUUGUCUAUGUCAUGUUUAACAAAAGGCUUCAGUGGAAGUAUGCUCAAAGGAAGAGAGACCCAUUAGCUAGAAAGUUUGUUGAUGAUGAACCACCGAAUGAGUGGAUUGAAGGGGAGGUGAGUGUUGAAGGGCAGCAGCAAGAAAAUAUUACUGAAGAACAAGAUGGACAAGGAGAAAAUGCAUCUGAUUAUGAUGUUGAACAAGAUGAACUGGCUCAGGCUGGCGUAAAUGAGAAGAAAAGAGCACUGAGCAAAGGUUCGUCAAGCAAGUCAAAGAGAGCCCGCACCAUGGAGGCGGAAGAAGAGUCUUCUGACUGUGAAGAGGAAGAUGAUACAGCCAUGCAGUCAAUGGACGAUUCUUCAAGUGAUGAUGGAGAGAAUGAGGACAAUUUCCUUGACGAUGACUAA